UAGAGCUGGAGGGACAUCUGACAGAACAAAGGUCUUCCUGUAAAUGCUUUUAUCUGAUAAAACAUGUUCUAUACAGGUACACAGUACAGUUAGGCAAAAGUGGCUUGAUGGUGAUAAGUUUAUCAUAUCAUCAAUGGAAGAAGUCGCUAAUGUAGCUUUAGAAGGACAUACAGCAUUGCUUGAAAAGGAUUAUAGCAAACUUGCAAGCCUCAUGAAUCGUAAUUUUGACCUCCGAAGGCGCAUGUUUGGAGACAGUGUCCUUGGUGCUCUUAACAUAGAGAUGGUGGAAGUGGCCCGACAGGUGGGUGCUGCCUCAAAAUUUACUGGUAGUGGAGGUGCCAUAGUUGCAUUUUGCCCUGAUGGCUCUUCACAAGUUAAGCUCCUGGAGGAUGCAUGUCAAAAAGCUGGUUUUGUUUUUCAACCAAUUAAAGUUGUUCCUUCUUGUUUAAAUGAUAUGGACCUCUCAACCUUAUCAUCAAGAUAGACUCAAUCAGAUGUUUCAGAUUUAAUCCGUCCACUUUUCAUUCCUUCUCCUUUUGAAGUUCAUUGAACUGAUACAGCAAAACUUUCUGUUUUUUUUUUAAAUGCCUAAAUUUUUUAGUUGUUCUAAUAAUCUAUUAUGAGAUGUGUAUAUAAUCA